AACAUUUGGCAUUAGAAGAAUUAUUAAUUUAUUUUUUCAUACUCAUGUUAAAAAUCCUAUUUUUUGCCAGCUAGGUUAUUUAUUUGCUUUUCUCAUAUUCUCCUGACGAAGUUUAUUCCCUAAUGUCAACUCUAAUAGAACUAUUGGAAAGGAAGAGGACAGAGUGGCUGGAUCUAGUAGCUGUAAUAUACGAUGACGAUCAUUCAAAGCAAUAUCAAACAUACAGGAAGUUAUACAGCUUUGCAAAAAAAGUAUCUGAUGCUUUAUACAUGGAAAUGGUUCAUAACUCAGUAAUUGCUGUAUGUAGGAAAACUGACCUCUUUACGCCUGCCAUCCUCUUUGGAAUAGUCCAAAGUGGUUAUGCUUUCUUUAAUCUUGACAAGUAUGGUGUAGAUGGUACCACAUCAUUAUUCAACAGGAUGAAUGUCAGUAUAGUCCUUGUUCAGAAUGAUUAUACACAGGUCAUAGAGAGUCUGAUACAGAGGUUUGAUGGAGAGGUGGCUACAAACUCAUUUUUAUCAUCUCUAGGAUUAGUUCUCCUCAAAAUUCAACAAAGAAAUGAGAAACAAGAAGGAAUUCCUAACAUUGCUUAUUGUAUAAGAACAUCUGGUUCUACAGGCCAGCCCAAGCUAGUGCAAGUGCCACACAGCUGUAUUAUACCAAAUAUCACAGAUAUCAGGAACAUUUAUGAAGUGAAGAGCAAUGAUAUGGUCUUUCUGUGUUCACCUUUGACUUUUGACCCCAGCAUUGUAGAAAUCUUUGUGACUUUAACAAGUGGGGCCAGUCUUUUGAUUGUACCAGAUCAUGUUAAGGCCCAGUCCAAGAAAUUACUGUCUGUAAUAUUCAAGAGGAAUAAAGUCACAGUCAUACAGGCAACACCCUCCUUGAUACAAAGGCAACCUGCUGCUGAUGUGAGAAAUUCCAUCUUGAGUGCAACAUCAAGUCUGAGAAUACUUGCCUUGGGUGGAGAGGAGUUCCCUCCCCUGAGUAAGAUUCGUGAGUGGAGAGCUCCAGGCAAUCAGACCCAGUUUAUCAAUUUGUAUGGAAUCACAGAGGUCUCCUGCUGGUCAUUAUAUCACUGUAUGGAGGAAAAGGAAUUCUGGUAUAGUGAUGAAGAAGUUCCCCUUGGUAAACCAUUGUCACAGUCCAGUUACAAAAUUCUGAAUGAAGAAGGUGUGGAGGUAAUAGAGGGAACAGGAAAGUUAUAUUUAGGGGGUCCUGGCAGACAGUGUAUAAUAGACGAUGUGAUUUCUGAUAAGCUCCAGGACUUCCGAGAUUCAGGUGAUAUUGUUAGAAUUGACUGCCGAGGCAGAAUUACUUUUGUUGGCAGACAAGGCAGACAGAUCAAGAGAAAUGGCUGCCGACUUAACCUCAGGGAAAUUGAGAAGGUAGCACUAGCAGACUCAACAGUUUCUGAAUGUAAAGCAGUGUUCCAUCAAGGAAGACUGAUUAUUUUUGUAGUUCCACAUCAGAAAACACAGAGAAUAAAGGACCAGCUACAGUCAGUUCUAGGGAGAAUGCUGCCCAGGCAUUAUAUUCCAGACAAUAUUGUUCCCGUUCAGGAGAUUCCAAUCACCAAACAUGGUAAAUGUGACUUCCAUGCUUUGUUGUCCCAAUGUCUGAAUAAUCAGGAUAAAUUUGAUGAUCAGUCUUCAGCUACCAUUGAAGACAUUGUAAGAGAAGAAUGGAAGAAACUACUCAGAGGUUGUGAUUUAACAAAGGACAGCAAUUUCUUAUUGAGUGGAGGUGACUCCUUAUCUGCUGUAAUGUUAGCUAGAUCUAUUGAAGAUCAGUUUGAAUUAUCUGCCCCUGAUUUGGUUGACAUUAUUUUACAUGAUACAUUUCUUGAUAUAGUAAACUGUACAGAAAAACAGAGAAAAUUGUUUAAGUUAAAGCGGUCCACGAACAAGGGAGAAAACCACCCUUUAUAUCAAGAUAUGACUUCUGGGAACAAGAAAAGAAAAAUUGACAUCAUUGGUAGAUUAUGGAAGGCAUGUUGUUGUGUCAAUAGUAGUGUGAUGAGAGGUAAUCAGUAUUUCUGUAAGACUUGUAUGACUACUGUCUGUAAACUUAUCCUGACUACUGACAGUAAAUCUAACUUGACUAUUGACAGUAAAUCUAACUCGACUUUUGACAACAAAUCUAACUCGACUAUUGACAAUAAACCUAAUAAGACAAGUACCAGUAAACCAAACUCAACAGAGCAGGUGUACAGCACUACUGAGAAAGACGCAUCUAGAAAGUCUUAUACACCAGAACAAGGAAUUAGUUCUGCAGAAAGAGACAGAACAAAAGUGAAGCUGAAACAGAAAUGGAGUUUUAACACAGGAAAAUGUGUGGAUGCUUCUCCUCUUGUUGUCAAAUCCAGUUCUGGAUUCCAUGAGGUAUACAUUGGAUCACACUCCCACAACAUGUAUGCUCUGGUGGCUGAAACGGGAGAACUGCUGUGGAAAACAGAACUAGGGGACAGGAUCGAGUCUUCUGCUUGUAUCAGUCUGUGUGGAAAGUAUAUUGUUGUAGGGUGUUAUGAUGGUGGAGUGUAUACAUUGACUCGAGACACUGGGAACAUAAGAUGGCGGUAUAAAACUAAAUCAGCUGUGAAGAGUUCUCCCACUGUGGACCCCAUAACUGGAUGGAUAUUUAUAGGGUCACAUGAUCAUCAUGUUCAUGCACUCAGUAUUGAGGACCAGAGGUGCUGUUGGAGAGUUGAGGUUGGUGGGGGUAGUGUGUUUUCCUCCCCAGCUGUGUCUACUGCCCCUUAUUAUGUCUGUUCCUGCUCCCUCUCUGGUCACAUUGCAGCCAUACAGCCAAUCUGUGGCUACAUCCUUUGGAUGUACAAUACAGAGAAGCCGAUAUUUUCUUCGCCUGUUAUAACAGACACUGGUCCCUGUGUUGGAUGUGUGGAUGGCAAUUUGUAUCAGUUAGAUCAUCAGGGAAAUUUGGUGUGGAUUUUUCCUACUUUGGCACCUGUGUUUUCAUCCCCAUUGAUAGCACCUGUCAUUACCUCCUCUGAUGUUGCCAGUUUAUCAAUCCUAGUGGGAUCCCAUGACUGUUGUGUGUACUGUUUGACUCCAGAUGGCAAACAAGUUUGGAAGCAUCAGACAACAGACUUUGUGUACUCCACCUGUUUCUGUUUUGGAGAUAUCUCUAAUGACUAUAAACAUGACAAUAAACUAUUACAUGAAGGUGACAGUGGAUUAAAGAUCUCAAGUCACACUCAUAAUCAAAUCAAGUCUAGAACACUCAACUCAACAGCUGAUUUUAAUCCUGAAAGCAUGCAAUGUAGAUACCAAUAUUGUGUGGUCACCUCAAAAGAUGGUAACAUAACAAUCAUUGACACAAAUAAAGGUCAAGAGGUGAAUUCAAUUAAGUUAUCCUGGGAGGUAUUUUCCUCCCCUGUGGUGGUGGGUAGCUUACUUUUUGUAGGAUGUAGGGAUAAUAAUGUUUAUUGUUUUGAUAUCACUUAGAAACAAUAGUGUAAUUUGGAGUCAUCAUCAGUUUUUGUGAGGCAAAUUGCUAUCAGUGAUGAGACUCAUUGCUGUCAUCCUGCAUCUCCAGUACUGCAGUGACGAAGGAUUCAACAAUGUUUACGCUACUGAAAAUAGUGCAAUUCUAUUAAUUAUGAGAUAAUAACAAGAUCAUCAAUAUGUUCUGCUAAUUCAGUGUGAUUUGAAUUGAAUAUAAAGGAAUAUUUCAGUAUACAUGUAAUAAGUUAUCUUAAUUGUUUAU